AAACCAAAAAAAAAAAAAAAAAAAAAAAAAAAAGCAUUUUAGUUUCACUUUCGUUUCAUUGGCACGCCAAAGCGAUGCCAGGUAUCAAGUAACAAGAUGCCAGGCUGUUCGCGAUUCAACUAGCUAGUUUAAUGGAUGAAGCACAUGGAGCACAUGGAUAAAGAUGGAGGAGCUGGACCUGGAGGAGGAUGUUCAUGUUGUGGUGGCCCAGGAGGCCACUGCAAUUGUGGACGUUUUGUGUGAGCAGAGAAAUAAUGUUCUACAGCAGAUCUAUGCCUUAGUGGACCCUCAGACAUGUGAGCGGCCACAACACACGCUCAGCCACAGAGAGUCUAUCUCAGCUAUUGUGGAUUUUUUCAAAACUUCAAAUCAAAACAAAUGCCGCCAUUUUCUAUGCACUAUUUGGGAGCUCUGUGAGAAUAUUCCCUUAGACCUGGAGAUACGGAUUUUAUCCAUAGCAGGAUCUUCAACUGGAGCACUGGAAAACAACGCUGAUUGGGAAACUUCCCCUCGAUCACACAGUGCAAAGCUUGCACGUCUAGAUCAGGUGCAGAAUUACACAAAUGCUGUUAAGAGUUUUCUGCAAAAGAAAUUCGAGAAGGUGACAAAAGAUAUGAAGAAAAAGGUUUGCCUAGACAAGACAUGGCUGUGCUGGAAGCCACAAAAAUAUGUACGGGUGAGAGAACGACAAGCAAAAGCUCAGGAUGGAGAAGAAGAUUCACCAGAAGAUAAAGAGUCUGUAGAGGUUCUGUUGAAGAAAACAGGCAGAGUGGUAAUGUUAUCAGGUCAGGCUGGUUCUGGUAAAACCCUGUUGAUGCAUUGCCUAGCCCACCACUGGGCUCAGGGCUCUUAUCCCUCUAUCGAGCUACUUUUUCUACUGGAGUUUCGCCAACUUAACCUUGUCUCACAGCCGUUGUCUCUGAAUGAGCUGUUGUUUCGUUUCUUUCUUCCGUCUGAGGAAGACAGUGAACAAAGUGCAGCAGUACUCAAUUAUAUUCUCUCCAACCCUGAGAAAAUUUGCUUAAUAUUUGAUGGAUAUGAUGAAUUUGGGGCUAGAUUUACAAACCCAGAGGAGAUUGUUGGUUCUGUGAACCCUUACCAGCAACUGCCAAUGGCCGACCUCCUCUCUGCACUAUGUAGCUCCAAGAUUCUGCCUGGGUGCACAGUGCUGGUCACAUGUAGACCACGGGAUGUUUUUGACCUAUUCGGAAGUUCUGGUUAUUCUGUUGCAGAGCUGCUUGGGUUCAAUCACCAACGUGUAAAAGAGUACACUGAGGAGUAUUUCCAUGAAAAGGAAAGUGACAUUAAAGAAAGAGCAGUUAGAUUGCUGAUGAAUAGCCAUCAUCUGCUGUCCAUGUCGCAUGUUCCAGGAUUAUGUCAUGUUUGCUGUGUCUGCUUAGAUCAUUUCCUCUCCAGUGAUGUGUCUCAGCAUCAUAGCACUCAGCUACCUACGUCCUUGACCCAAAUCUACCUCCACAUUCUUUCUGCAUUUAUGAGUCGUUGCCAGGGUUGUGGACGCUCUGAUAAUCAUACCCCAUUACUUCAGAGGUAUAGGGUUCAGAUUGCUAAACUGAGUAAGCUUGCAAUGGACGGUCUAGAGAACAGCCGUAUUGUAUUCUCAACGAAAGAACUGUCUCCAGAGCUAAUGAACUUUGGUGCCAAUUCUGGAAUUCUGUCCCGUGUAGAUCUUACUUGUGCAGAUGGAUCCCGAAGUCUGGGCUGUGCCUUUACGCAUCUAACUAUGCAAGAGUUUAUGGCUGCUUUGCAUCUUAUGACCAACUCCGACAUCACAGAGUCACAGCUCAAGAAGAAGCUUAACCUGAAAAGUCGAUGGACUGCUAAGACUGAUCCAAAAACUGUGUUCACAGACUCCCUUCACCUGUAUAUGUGUGGACUCGCUGCAGAAGCCUGCACUUUAAACCUUGUCCUGCUGGAAGGCAGUGAGAAUGCUAGAUCUAUUGUGAUAAAGCGGCAAAAUUCCGUACUUAAGAUUUUGCAGCGAUUUGUGGUCAGUGGCCGUCAGACAGGUCCCAAGAUUAUUGAGCUCUGCCGUUGUGCCCAUGAAACACAAAACAUUGAUUUGGCCAAGGAGGUUGGGUCAAGAGAUCGGUUUGAGCUGCGGAAUAUAAGACUCAACCCUGUGGACAUUGAUGCCUUGGCAUUUGUAACUUCAGCUGCAAAUCGGAUGGCAUGUCUAGACUUUGGUGCCUGUUCCAUUGAACCAGAGUGUUUGACCAUCAUUCCCAACUGUAAGAACCUGGAAAAUCUCAUUUUUCGUAGCCGGAAGUAUGAUGACAAGUUUGCAGAUGCUUUGUCUGGUGUCUUGCCCAAACUCAAGAGCUUGAAGCAGUUAGACUUUAUCAGUGGUGGCCUCACUAAUAAAGGAGCUGCUAAACUUUUUAAGGCUUUGGAGUUCUGCCCACAAAUCACACACCUCAAUGUCAGUGAUAACAACCUAACAGAUGAGAGUGUAAGAAAGUUCACAGAGAUGGUACCCAAACUGGCUAACCUAACAUCUGUCAAGUUUGGAAAAAACAGCAUCACUAACAUUGGAAUAUUUAUGCUCAUUGAAAAAAUGCCAGUCUUUCUGAACAUUAAGAAAGUCUAUGCAAAUGCAAAAAAGGAAAUCAAUGUAUGCUUUUACCCAGGAUCCCCAAACAGUGCAAGCACCAAUGACAUACACAACAGAGGCAAAUCAAAGGAACUAAUAUUGAAUGACUGGAAUCUGAAAUGUGUGAAUGUGUACAAUCUCUGCACAGUGCUCAAAAGCUGCUCGUCUCUCACUGUCCUCAAUUUGUCCAACAACUCACUGGGUAACAAAGGUCUAAAGAAGCUACUAGAAAUUCUGCAUACUCUCGACAGCAUUCAGGAAAUUAAUUUAAGUGAGAAUGAAGUGGAUAUGGAUGGUGUGGUGCUUCUCUUAGCUUAUUUCUGUUCUCUGAAAAACCUGACUGAAGUAGAAGCAAGCCAUAACGGAAAUAAGAAACUGGUCUUGACAUUUGACUAUAGUAGAAGUGAUGAGUUAAACCAGUUAACCGCAGAUGGGUGUGAUAUUCGUCACAAGAAACUCAGCUUAACAGAAUGUGACAUACACUCUAAUGAUAUGAACAAGCUGUGUGAGACUCUGCUCAAAUGCCAAAAUCAGCUAGACCUGGAUUUCUCUCAUGGAACUUUACCGGAUGAGUCUAUUGAGAAGUUAAUAAUGUUCCUUCCAAACAUGUCAUCUCUCAAUCUACUAAAAUUAAGUUACAUCCAGAUGUCAACAGAUAGUGCUUUGUUAUUGGUCCAAUUGCUUUCUGUUUGCCAGCGGACUACAGUUGUGGAGCUCAGACCACUGGGAGAAGCAUUCGUUAAGUUUGUCCAGGCCAAAGCAGAAGCUGCAUUAUGCAAGUUUAACCAUUAUGACCUUGGCAGUGCCAAUCUGGCAAAGCUCUGUGGUAUACUGGAGCAGUGUCAUCAUUUGACUCAUCUGGAUCUGUCCAGUAACUUCCUUAAAGAUGAAGAUGUGAAAACCUUUGUUCAUUUACUGCCCAAGCUUCACAUCUCUAGCUCUGUGAGCCUCAAUAAUAACAGUCUAACUGAAGUAGGUGCACUUGAGCUGCUGAGUUCAUUGAGUGCGUGUGAAAAGGUGGCUGCCGUGGAAGUGUGUCUUGAAAAGCAGGAGCAGAAGGCCCUGAUUCACUUUGUUCAGAAGAAUUUGACAGGCAAAUCUGUCAGUCUGAAGCAUUGCUGUUUUGAGUUAAGCCAUUUGCAAUAUCUUGUGAAAAUACUCACCAGUUGUCCCAAACUUAAACUAGAGUUAUCAUCCUGCACCGUACAAAGUCAAAAUCUGAACAUUUUAAUGAAUGAUUUGGCUACACUGAGCUCAGUACAAACACUCGAACUACGAAACAAUUCUCUGAAUGCUGAGGCAGUUAAGCAUUUGGUUACUAAGUUGUGUAGGACUUCAGAUCAUAGAACAAUUGGGAUAAUGGAGCCAUGGAUCAAAGGGGAAGUUGCAGUUGGCCUUGUGGCAUGCUGCCUGCAACUGAAUCCCUACAUAAAGGAAAUCAGAGUUGAAAAGACAUGGCUUAACCUUUCUGUUGAAAGCCUCACCUCUGCCACGGUCCCUAAUGAGAAUGGGAAUUUCUCCCUGUCUGCUGUGCACUCUAUAAUCUUUCAUGACUGUGAAGUUGAGGGGCAGCACUUAUCCACACUGCAGUCUACCAUCCAGAUGUGUCCCUCUCUGCAGCAGCUACAGUUUUCUCAGAUGACCAUGGGUGCAGUUGGUGCAGAGUUUCUCUCGUCAGUUCUUCCCUCGCUGAAGAAUCUCAAGAUCCUCAGUCUAAACUCCAAUGUAGAAAUGGUAGAUGAAUCAGUAAUAUGUGCAUUACAGCAUAUGCAAAAGCACCUGGAACAGCUGAGCUUGUCCCAUUAUGUAAUUAAAGACAGUGGAGCCGCAGUAUUAGGGAAUGCCCUUCAAUGUUUGACACGAAUGCGAUCACUCAGUCUCUUGCAGUGCUUAAAUUGUACAGCAGCAGGAGGGCGUGAUCUGGUCUCUGGUCUGGUCAAGUGUCAGUCUUUGGAGGAAAUUAAACUAGACUGUUUAGAACUGGAUGCAGAAAGCUUAGCUUGCUUUGCACAAGGUCUCCAGGCCAUGACAUCACUUAAAAAGAUCAGUUUGAAUAUUAAGACAAUCUCGAAGGAAGGCGGUGGCUUUUUGUGUUUGCUAGCUAGUCUGCACACGUUGAUUGAGCUAGAAGAGAUUGAGUUGAUAGGGUUGAGGAUUGGGGAUCAAGGGAUUGAGGAGCUUGUGAAACACAUCCCAAAAUGGACUAGACUGAGAAAGAUAAAUCUGUCUGAGAACUGUGUGAGUGACCAUGCUGGAGAAAUGUUGGUGAAAGCACUGUCCAACUGCCGAGCACUGCAACACAUAAAUCUUUCCAGAAACAACCUUGGUCAGAACUUUGCUGCUCUACUGGGUCAGGUUCUUCCAUCUCUCUCAGGGCUUUCUGAAUUGGAUCUCUCUGAAAACCAGAUGGGUUCAGAAGGUUGUUCAAGUCUCUGUAAGGGUCUGGUCAGCAUGAAGGCACUGAAACAACUACACUUAACCUCCAUUGGAACCCCAGACUUGGUCAAUCUUGUAUCUUGCCUCGAACACUGUACCUCAAUAGAAGACAUCAGCCUGUCAUGGAAUUUAUGUGAAAAUGACGUGGUUCUAAAACUGGCUGAAGUUCUGCCACAAUGCAGAAACCUGAAAAGACUUAAUCUGGAGGCCAAUAAUAUCAACACAUCAGGAGCUAAGGCUCUUGCUAGAUGUUUGCAGUUUUGUCCUUGGAUUGAAGUAAUCAGGCUUUGGAGGAAUCCAAUUAAAAAGGAUGACCCGAGUUUAAAGGAUAAGAGGCUGAAUUUCUCAUCAAUUUAAUCUGAAGCACAAUUCUUCAAAAUGUUUCCUUAGUUGUUGUUUUUGGUUUUUAGAUUUCUAUUUAUGACUUUCUGUGGUAAUAAGAAUAUCAAGAUGAUUUUUUGACAUAUUUGGAGAACACAUUACCUCACAAUACCAGUAACUAUUCCAUUCCACAGUUUAUAUAGUUGUCUGGGAUUCUGAGGUUUAUGGAAGUGAUGUGAGCAAUCCAUUUUUGUACCUUAACAGAUACAACUCUCUAUAGAGCUAUACCUGCAUGUUCAGAGACAUAAUAAUCAGCAGUCUCAAACAGUUCCAAAGGACAUUUUUGACACACAGUAUGCAAAACACAGUAGGCUUCUAGUUGACAGAGAAACUGCAGAAAAUACACAGAAAAUGGUUAAACUUCAAUAGCUGAGUGAAGCUUGUUAACCUUUUUACUUCCAAUCUUUCAUACACAGUAUCAUAUUCUAAUGUACCAUUUAACAUGCAGAUAGGCUGUGAAAUAAUCAGAUUUACUCCAUUAAUAUAGGUAUCUUAUAAGGUAUCACCCAAAACAGAAAGCUAUUUUUUUCAAUAGUCCUUCCAUUAACCCAUCCUAGACUUCUCCUUGUUGUGUUCUCCUGCAUAUCCUCUAUUUAUUUCUGUAUUGAUUCUUUUAAACCUUUAAGAAUUGCACUGAAAAAUGGUACAUUUCUGGACAGUGAAACACUGGAUGAUGGUAUCUGAUAUGAAACUGAGGACUACAGGUACCUUAAAAACUUUUAGUGAGUAAAGUAUUAGUAACUUUGAGGGCUGAUCUAUAAACAAAGAUACAUAAGUAAAAGAACUAUAUAAACAAUUGUUCAUUUGGCUUUCAUAAAAUGACAAGCCAGCAUUCAUAGUUCAGUGAAGAAAAUUAAGUGCCAAAAUAGAAACCCAAAAUAUUAUGAUAUCUUUUCUAUAGCUUCAAUAAUGGGAAAUCAUUUAAAUAUCAUGUAUGAACACACUCAUACAUUUUUCCACAGAAUUCGAUGUUAUAUUUGACAAAAGUUGAUGUCUCUAGUCUAUAGGCUGAAGUCAAUAUGCUAUAUGUGUAUAUACGCUUGUCAAUAAAGCACAGGAAUGAGAAUUCA